CUUUCGCGUGACAAUGGGUCUACUGUUUCGUUAAACGUUCCACGAUGGAUCCGCGAACGUUGCUUUUCGUUGUGAUUUUCGGCAGUUGCGGAAUAUUUAUUAACAUUGUUAUCUCCAACCCGAUCGAAGUACCCGACGAAGAAACUGCAUCCAAUAUAAUAAAAAUUCUUCUGGAUUGCAUGCAUUCGAAUUCCGAAACGUACACAGGAUGCUUAAUAAGACAGAAGAGACAUCAUCACUCGCAUGAGAUAGAUCAUAGUUGCAUGGAGCCAUGUAUAGGAUCUUGUAUAAAGGAAAAACUGUACGAGUAUGAUUCCUGUGCGGACAAUUGUAAAUAUUGCAUAAAGCGACAGAAUCAUCGUAAAAUUGACAUCGCUGAAACCUCCUAUGAAACAAUAUGCAUUAACCAAAAUUGUACUCACGUUAAAGGCGGUGAUAAUAAAGCAUUAACCGUCAAUGUUACUGCUCAUGUCCACAUUCAUAAUCACUACAGUACGCAGACGACUGCUAAACAGAAUUGUCCGUGUUAUUAUGCCACUUGGCAACCUUGCUACUGUCGGCCUUCAUAUCCAAUAUGCCAGUAUCAGAAUCAAUGGCCCUGCAUUCCAGACUUACCGCAACAACCGCCGAUCGCUUCACUACCAAUCGGUCCACCAAUGAUCGGUCCACCACCGACCGGUCCACAACCGAUCGGUCCACUACCCAUGGCUCCAACUUGUGAAAACAAUGAUUGCAAUCCUGCCACUGGAAACUAAUGUUAAAUAAAACACAACGAGCUUUUUGGAUACUUGAGGAUGCUCGAGAAUAACUGAUGUACGUUUCCUUUUUUUUCGGUCGCACGAGGCAUCUUGCUCCAGAACGCUCCUAACUCCACGUUUUGUCUCUUACAUUAGAAAGUGACACCUUCUGUUGCCGUCUUUUUUUAGUAAUAGAAUAACUCUUUAUAUCUUAAUGUUAUAAGGAUGACGUAUCUUUGACAAUACAUAUUUAAUUUAAGGAUCUUUACCAAUACUUUAUAAGUCAAGUAGUUCUAUUGAACAAAAUAAACGAUAUGCGUAACCAGAUUUCCAAUCAUAUAUAAAAGUUCACCAUCGAUCGGUCCAAUAUCAAUCGGACCGCUACCCAUAGGUCCACCACCCAUGGGUCCACCACUUAUGGGUUCAACUUGUGGAAACAAUGAUUGUAAUCCUGCUACUGGAAGCUGUUGUUAAAUAAGACAAAACGCGCUCUUUGGAUAUUCGAAAAUACCUGAUGAACGUUUUUCUGUUGCACAAUCGCUCACACUAGGCAUCCUGCUCCAGGACCCUCUGCUCUCCUCGUUUUGUCUUUUACAUUAGUUAUCGCGCAACUAACUUCAGAAAGUGACAUCUUCUGUUGCCGUCUUUUUUAAGUAACAGAAUAACUCUUCUUGUCUUAAUGUUAUAAGGAUGACGUAUCUUUGACAAUACGUUUUUAAUUUAAGAAUCUUUACCAAUACUUUAUAAGUCAAGUAGUUCUAUUGAACAAAAUAAACGAUAUGCGUAACCAGA